AUGACUCUGGCGUCUCUGUCUCUCUCAUUCCAUCGAUCUCGUCUGACACCACCUCAGAUUCACAAGCCAAAAAAAGGGUUCUGUGAUGCAUUUCCGUUUCCUAUUCAGUGCAUGGAUCUUAUUGCUAAUAUCCUCUUAACAUUGUUGUUAGCGAAUCGUACAGAUCAUUUUUGGAACUUGUUCUCAGGAACCACCGGUGAGCAGAAGAAAAAUUCUGACACAGCUAUGUGUCUGGACAAAUUUAACUCUUGGAAAGUAGAUCUAAGAGUGUCAAGACUUAUAGAGAAUGGGAUUUCCAUUGUUGAUUUUGGCCUCCAAGAUGUUCUAUAUAUAACAGGACUUCCAAUUGAUGGCGAACAGGUAUCGGGACCCGAGAGCAGUGACGUUGUAGGUACAAUAACAAAUUAUUUGAAAAUAAGUGAAGAAGCGGUUGAAGGAUUGUUUGGUAAGAGUACAAGCAGUGAAUCCUACAGCAUUUUUCCUGGAUACUUGCAAACCCUCUUUGAAAAUGAUUUAGAGCCUUACUUUAUGGCUUAUCUCCUGUUCCUGUUGGGAACGGUCGUUAUCCCGAACAAGACCAAAGGUAUUUCUCCCAUGUUUCUGCCACUCCUACAAAAAGACGAGGUCAACAAGUAUGUUUGGGGGGCAGCACUGUUGGCUUUCCUAAAAGACUCAUUAUACACAUGGAAGAAUGAUUUUAUUGGUAGUAAAACCACAGCUCUAUGCGGUUUUUCUUACGCUCUGCAGGUAUUUGCAUUGGAGCGUUUUCCUGUCUUUCCAACCGAAGCAUCUCUAACAUCCAAACCAUCUACAUUUCCUAUAAUGUUGGAGUGGGCAAAUAUUAAUUGGCAACCUUAUAGCAAAGUUGAAUUGCCUGAGGAAUAUGCAUCUCAAUCUCGUAUGGUUUUUGCACAUGUUCCAUGGAUCUGCUUUAACACCGCCACAAAUAAUUUUUAUGGUGCAUCCAUCAAGCAAUUAGGACUGGAGAAGUCAGACAUAUUGCUUGGAGACAAAGUGCUUGGAUCGGUGUCAAAGAAGAAGGGAAAGCCGUGUAAAAUAAGCAGACACAAAGACAAGAACUGGAGAGACCGUAAUAAGUACUACACUCAGGUGAAUUUGCAGUGGACAAACCGAGAUCAAUAUUUGGUUUAUCAACCGCACAAUGAGAAAUCCGAGGUGGUUUCUGGUGCGAGAAGAUGGUGCAUUCCAUCUUAUUGGAGUGGGCAAGUGUAUAUAAACCAUAUACAAAAACUUGUUGCACAAUGA